CAGGCGAAGGGGGCGGGCCAGUCCCUAUUUAAGCGCGUGGAGGCCGCUUCCCCCGUUGCCACGCAACGCGCCGGGGUGGCCGUUACCGGCCGCCUGCGCCCCUUGGGGCGGCCGUUGCCCCCUCGCUCUCCUCCGAGCGCGCCGGGCAGCGAGGAGCUCCGCUCGGCGCCCAGCCCUCCCCUGUGCGAGGGGCGAGGACCCGGGGUGCUGCCGAGGGAGCAGGACGCGUUGCGGGGAGCUGCGGAUGAUUCGGUGCCUGGUGCCGGGACGGGCGGCUUCCCCCCAGCUGCCAGCGCAGUCAGUCGUCGCUGGCAGAAAAAGAAAUGCUCUGGACUGACGGGAGCGAAUGGCGGCUGUGCAGUCCGUUCCCUUCUGUGUGACCGACAACAGAGCAAAGGGGCUGCGGUAAACGCUGCUCGCGGGUAGCCGCCCUUGGUGCUGUCCCACGUGCAGCGCGUGGGCAAACGCUGAGGAAAAUGGCUCCAGGCUGCUCCUUUGCAGGCUGUAUGUGCUGCAUUUCUCUGUAAUACGUGCUACUGCAGCGCUCCCCAGCUGUGAUGGCUUCUGUCCCUCUAGGGUAGUAUUUCCCAGGGAGAGUGACAUCCACCUGCAUCUUCUUGCUUGUGGUUAGUGCUUUGCCCCUGGCUUGGCUGGAGGAGUAGCAGGUGUAUCUAAAGCUUGCCGAUGGGGCCAGAUUGGGGGUUAGCAAGAGCUUUAGGGGGGGGAAAGAGGCAAACUUAAAUGGUCUUGAUGAAAUGAAGCGAUGUUCUCAGAGGAAUAUGAAAUUCAAGGAAGACUAGUGCAGCUGGGAAGGUGGAGUCAGACCCAAAUUACAGGUAAAGGAAUCAUGGGAAAGUGGCAAGUUGUGCAGAAUAUUGGGGGGUUGUAAUGGCUCAGAAGUGGAAGGUGGGUUAAUGCGGCAAUGCCAGAAAAGCCAACGCCUCUCUAGAGGCUGUGGAUGAGGAGGGUAGCGAAGGCGGACGUAGUUAAUUCCCUCUGUCCAGCUUCGGGUGCUGCCCUGCCUGACCUGGAGACUGGAGGAAGUCCAGGAAAUAAGCAGAAUGCCACGAGACCUAGAAAACAUGACUUAUGAGGGAAGUUUGAAGAAAGUGGUGCUUUUAGCAGAAAAGAGGAGAUAAGGGUGGCCAUAAUAUGCAAAGGCAGAAGAGUUAAGUUGAUAAGAGUGAUUGAGAGGGGUAUUAAAUGCUAGAGCAGUUUCCCUGUAGAAGCUGGAUGGUUUUUUAGAGCUGAGUAAGGCAAACCUGAGCUGGGGACGGCAAGGGCAGGCUUGAUGCUCCCUCAGCAGGACGUGCGUCAUCCCCAGGGCCUGCCCGUGUACCUGUCUGCUGCAGAACCAGGGGAAGGAGCCAGCUCCAAGAUGCGUCCUGGUGAUUUGAGCACAGAUAUAGCACUCCUUCCUCCCUCCCUCCGGUGGUGCUCCUCAAAGCCUCGCUUCUCCCUCCCUCCAGUUGGGAGUACAUGCUAGUAAAUCGCUGCUCCUACCAAAAAGGAGGACCAGGACCCCAUUUCCCAAAUGGCAACUGGAACGCAGACCUUUCAGAGCUACUUCUUCCGUGAUGUCUGUUCAGAUGGUGGACUUCCACGGAUGGGAAACAAGCUGCCUUUGCACCCGAACGACCAAGGAACCUGCUGCCGGUGCUCAGGGUUUCCAGCUGCCGAGCGCGUGGACGAGCCCCGUGGCAGGGACCGUGGGAGCGGAGCCGAAAUCACCCCCGUGGUACGGCAGAGAAACGCAGGAACAAGUGAAGGCAUCGUCGGUCGGAGACCCCGGCACCGACAAGGCUGUGAACUGUCUGCAGAGAAUGGGCCUGCAGAAUUUUUCUGAUUACUCCGAAUACAUGCAUAGCUACAAUGACGAUACAGAUUAUACCUAUGACGAGCUAGACAGCUUGAAGACAAACCCGUCCCACGAUGGAAAAGACAUUGCUAGGAUCCUCUCCGUCGUCAUUUACAGCGUGUCCUGCGUGUUGGGUCUACUAGGGAAUGGCCUCGUCAUUGCAAUCAUAACUCUGAAGAUGAAGAAGUCCGUCAAUGCCAUCUGGUUUCUCAACCUGGCUGUCGCUGACUUCCUCUUCAACAUCUUCCUGCCCAUAAACAUUGCUUACACUGCCAUGAGGUACCACUGGAUCUUUGGGAAGAUGAUGUGCAAGUUAAACUCCUUCCUUCUCAUCCUCAACAUGUACACCAGCGUCCUCCUGCUCACCACCAUCAGCUUCGAUCGCUACGUGUCGGUGGUUUUUCCUGUCUGGUCUCAAAACCAUCGAUCAACCAACCUCGCGUAUUUGGUUUGCUUGAUCAUCUGGACCAUCGGCAUCGUCAUGAGCUGCCCUUCCCUCAUCUUCCGAGACACGGCGCAAGCCUCCAGCUCCGUGAUUUGUUUCAGCAACUUCUCCCUGUCCAGCAACAAGUCUUACCUACCCCUGGCGCUAGCAAGACACAGAACAGUGACCAUCACUAGGUUCCUCGCCGGGUACAUCCUCCCCAUAACUAUCAUCACCUUCUGCUACAUCGCCAUUGUCUUCAACCUGCGACGAAACCGCCUCGCCAAGUCCAAAAAGCCCUUCAAGAUCAUCAUCACCAUUAUAGUCACCUUCUUCCUUUGCUGGAGCCCCUACCACCUGCUGAACCUCCUGGAAACAGAGCCCCACACGGUCCCGUUCUCCGUGUUCGAGAUCGGCAUUCCUAUAACCACGGCACUUGCUGCCUCCAACAGCUGCAUGAACCCCGUCCUCUAUGUCUUCAUGGGCCAGGACUUCAAGAAGUUUAAGGUCGCCAUCCUUUCCAGGCUAGUGAACGCCCUCAGCGAGGAGACGGGCCACUCCAGCAUCGUUCACAGGAGCUUCUCCAAAAUGUCUUCCAUGACCGAGAAGGAGACAACGGUACUGUAAACUCAACCUGGAGGCCCGCAGCGGAGCCAGGGUCCUCCGGCGUUGCCCAUGCCCGCUGCUGAAACGGUGGCCACCGGGGCUGGGGCCGCUGGGGCGGGGAGCGCACGGUCCGGUGCCGUCCUGCAGCAUGUUCUUGGACUGGCUUUGCUGCCUGGGGGCUGGCAGAAGUUGGAGCCCGCUGCUUCGUGCACACGGCGAAAACAGAACUGCCCUUAGCUUUCCUUGGCGAUUGCAGAGAGGGUUGCACCAAGCUGUCCCAGCGCUCUCCAACUAUUUCAGGAAACAUUUCCGGACGUUCCCAUAUAACCUGUGCCUCGUCUGGCCUGUAUCCUGCGAUACGGGCAUGCCUGCAGCUUCCAGAGACGUUGGCCGCCGCAGAGGACACGCGAGCAGCACGCCGAACUGCGUUGCCCCGUGGUUUCAGUGCCCGGGGGCUGAGCCGUGCCGAGGUCUGCGAGGACCCCACGUCCCAGAGAGGCUCGUGGCAAAGGGAGAACCAGCAAAAGGGGGAAAAAACCGGGUGAAUCCCACUGGGACGGCGGGAGCGGGAAGGGGAUGCGCCCGAGGCGGCCCCUCUGCGCCAGCUCCCGCGGGGCUCUGCCUGCUACGGCAAAACCGCUCGCGCGCUUCCUAUCGCCUGUGCACGCCUGUAGCCACUUAACCGGUAUUUUCAACUCCUAAAAUAUAUUGGUACUAGCCCAAAA